AUGGCGGCCCGGUACCUUGGCCUGUUUACUGCGCUCCUUGUCGGCAUCCGGAUCUUCAUCUUGGACUCGUCGCCGGGCGGGAUCCCGGGUGACUACUCAGCCACAAACCCGUGGCGGGACCUCCCUCCAAGUCCCGCCGUCCACGAGACCAUCCGGGAGGUUCUCUUCAUUGGGGACACGCUCCGAGACGGCAUGCUGCCCACGUCCUUGCCUGACGACAACUACGACAUGUACUCAGAUAUGCUGAGCAGCCUCGAGACCAGGACUGAGCUCACCUGGCUCGUGGUCCAAGAGACCAGUAUCGACAAGACUAUCAUGGCCAUCGCCAACCGCGGCGGUCAUUACAGCCCCAUUCCGGAAGAGCCGCAUGACUUGCACGCGCGCGCCGAGAGACUCCGUCGUCAUUGGUUCACGCUCGCUUCUGCCAAGGACAAGCCGGAUCGAUGGGACACUCGGUUCGACACCACCUCUCUCCCUCCGCUUGUCGUCAGACACACCCCUGGCUCCGGGCCAAAGACCGGCUUCUCGGGUCUGGACUUGACGGUUGAGCAGAAGCUGGCAGCAGAUGCCAAGUACAGAGCUUACCGAAAGCGCCGAGACCGCGCUGUGUCGUACCUCAAGAGCCACCCACCUAAACCAAUGGCUUGGCUACCGGUCCAGACAGAGCCUGAGGAGUCUCGGAGCGUUUGGGAGACGCUAUUCGGUGAUGGGAUCGUGCAAGCCGGACGGAAAGUGAUGGGGGACAAGCUGAUUGGGAACCCCAUGUUCAAGCCCGUGUAUCGCGAUCUCAUCACGGAGCGUGUCCCAUACGACUGGGUCAACCCGGAUGAGCCGGUAGUGGAGUACAAUGAGAAGGAACACCUAAAAAACAUGGAAGCGUUCCGGGAGGAAUCGCGUGCCAGGCAGGAGAGAACGGAUCGGCAGGCGAAGUUCCAGGAGGAGCUGAGGGCCGAGGAGAGAUUGAAGCGGGGAGACAAGCAGGAACUAUGA